GAGAAAGGGAAAAAUCAAAAGAGGGAAAGCACAUUAGACCAUGCGAGCUAAAUUUGUGAUCGUUCAAAAUCAGGAUGUUAGAUUGAUGCAGAAGACCACUUCGAUCCAAAGGGAAAGUUUUCAUCUCACGAGUUUGGAGCAGAGGGCCCGUGGGGCAACAUGGCCGAAGGAGGGGCGAGUAAAGGUGGAGACGAGCCCGGGAAGUUGCCGGAGCAGGAAGAGGAGGAAUCCCAGGUUUUGCACGGAACAGGCCAUUGCAAGUGGUUCAAUGUGCGAAUGGGAUUCGGGUUCAUCUCCAUGAUCAACCGGGAAGGAAACCCUUUGGAGUCUCCAGUUGAUGUUUUUGUACACCAAAGCAAGCUUUACAUGGAAGGAUUUAGAAGCCUAAAGGAAGGCGAACCAGUGGAAUUUACUUUUAAGAAAUCUUCCAAAGGCCUUGAAUCAAUACGGGUAACAGGCCCUGGUGGGAGCCCCUGUUUAGGAAGUGAGAGACGACCCAAAGGGAAGACAGUACAGAAAAGAAAACCAAAGGGAGAUAGAUGCUACAACUGUGGUGGCCUUGAUCAUCAUGCUAAGGAAUGUAGUUUACCUCCACAGCCAAAGAAGUGCCAUUACUGUCAGAGCAUCAUGCACAUGGUGGCUAACUGCCCUCAUAAAACUGUUUCACAACAGUCCACUAGUUCUCAGGGAAGAUAUGAAGCAGAACCACAGCCUUCCACUUCUUCUUUCCUGAGAGAAGGGGGAGGGGCUUAUGUCCAUUCAUCUCCAUCAUAUUCUCAGGAGGGAAGGUCAGAGAUCUUAGAACGUUCAGGCAGGUCACCACAAGAAGCUUCCGCCAGUAAGUUAUCUGCAUCUCCUGAAGAACAAAGCAGAAGGGGGCCUUCUGUUCAAAAAAGGAAAAAAACUUAG